UAUCAUCACGUUCCCAGUCUCGCUCCCAGUCAUCCUGCAUCGCCGUUUCUGCGUAUAAAAGAGCGGUCUGCUUCCGAAGUCAAAAGCAGCCAAGACUUCCGGCCACAUCAUGAAGGCGCCCGUGCUGUUUAUUCUCUUCGUGGGAAGCGCUCUGGGAAAGUCCACGCGAGGGACCGCCGCCUUCACAGUCGCGCACACUGAGGCGGCGCAGAAUGGCCCUUUCAUAACAUUCACCGACUAUGCACCUGACCUUAAUGAAUACGACUACGACAAUGCCAUUAAGAGUGUCUAUCAAACCGGCAUGUGGGUGUACUACGAGAAUGUGCAGUACAACCAGCAACCGGGCAGAGUCUACUGGGUCCACGGGAUCGAAAUCUCUGCAGACUUUCCUAGCGAUUAUUCGUACAUGGCCUCUUCGCUGAAGUUCGUCGGCAGCCCUGAGACUAUGGACGCGGAUGGAUUCACAGUGUUCGAAGGCACGGCUUUCACGGGCAGCGAAUUUUACAGUGAAUCGGAUGCCGCCGAUCUGGGACCCCUGACUAGACGUGGCUCCUCCAUCAUCAUCACAGGAACCAGCCCCUGGACUUUCUACAGCGACAACUACUGGUCUGGGCGGCACAUGUGUCUCUUUCCCAACAUCCACGACGAAGGAACCAACGGCGAGGUUCUGAACUUUGGCAUGUAUCCUAAUGUGGAAGACCUCGGCAUCAUGGACGACAGCAUCGGCUCGGUGCGGAAAGGAUGCUGGAUCCCGAGUGAGGUCGAGGCCGAGCCACUGAAGGCCGAGCACCUCAAGGCCGAGUACAGGGGGAAGAAUGGAGCUUGGGGAAUCCUGGAGCCUUAAGCAGCCUGGCAGGGUAUGGUAGGGGGGGGGAGGAGACUUCUGCCCCACGGUUGUUGUCGUCGAGUUCAGCAGGUUAUUGUUAUUGUCAACAAAUAAACAGUGUAAUGCCCUUAA